GAGCUGAAAAUUGCAGAAGCUGCCCACCAGGACCCGGUUGCCUUCUGGACCACGUUUCUUCUCUCCUCUCCCUCCGGAGAAGCCACUAUUUAGGGAGUUCUAUCUUAACAUCUUUCAGUCUUUUCUGUUAGAAGAUUUAGUUCUCUCUCUCUUUCUCUCUUACCUAAACCAUUCUGGGUAUUCUUUUCACAUUAUAUGAAAUCCUAGACUUGUUUAAUUUCAGCAGGCAGUUAAUUCGUUUUUAGAGGUUUUAAGAUCUGGGUUUAAGGCAUAGCAUGUAAUUUGGCUAGAAAGAACUAGUUUUGGAUUCAGAAAAUAACACAGAUUUGGUCCGAAAUGGAGGUUUCCGGUCUCUGUUUGGAUGGGGAGAAAAUGGAGCUGCCUCCUGGGUUCCGGUUUCACCCAACAGACGAAGAGCUCAUCACUCACUAUCUGUCCCGGAAGGUGCUGGAUCACUGCUUCUGCGCCAGAGCCGUAGGAGAAGUGGAUUUAAACAAGGUGGAACCCUGGGAUUUGCCCUGGAGAGCGAAAAUGGGGGAAAGAGAGUGGUAUUUCUUCUGCGUUAGAGACAGGAAAUACCCCACUGGUUCGAGGACGAACAGGGCCACUGAUGCUGGCUAUUGGAAGGCGACUGGGAAAGAUAAGGAGAUUCAUAGAGUGAAAACUCUGGUUGGAAUGAAGAAAACCUUGGUUUUCUACAAAGGCAGAGCUCCCAAAGGCGAGAAAACCAACUGGGUGAUGCAUGAGUAUAGGUUGGAGGGCAAGUGCUCUUCCCUCUACAGCCUGCCUAAAGCAGCAAAGAACGAUUGGGUCAUUUGCAGAGUUUUCAAGAAGGGUUCGGGUGGGAAGAAGACGCAUAUUUCAGGACUGCAGCCUUCGAACUUGCCGGCCCUGAUGGACUGCUCGGCUCUGGAUGACAAGGCCGGAAGCGUAGCCACCGACGCCUCUCAGCUGACCUGCUUCUCCGGCCCGCCGGAAGACAAGAAUCCGCCGGAAAACAUGGCAGACAACUCCAACAACACUACUCCGGCAGCCUCCUCCUUCUGUUCAUCGCUCUUCGGAAAAGCUUCUGCUCCAGCCUCGCCCUUUUCCGCUCAAUUCGAGCCAAGCAUCGAAAGCUUUCAUUGCCCCGAUUCCAAUUCGGUGCAGGAUCACACUGUACUGCGAAUUUUGCUUCAGAACAGCGAAUCAAACGCGCAAAGAUACUCGAAACCAGUGUUCUCACCGGAAGAAGACUAUCCCAUGAACUAUGGUGGACCGGUGGACCUCGAUUGCCUCUGGAAUUACUAAGUAAAAAGAGCAGAACAUAGCGAGGGAGAGGAAAUAUUAUGAUAUUCAAGUAAAUUAGUAUUGCUGUCAAAUUAUUGUGAGUACAGAUUUUCAUUUUUUUUUUUUUUUUCUUCCCUCUUAAAUUCCCGAGUUCUGCGAAGAACAUCAUCGCCCUGUUACAUACGAAACCAAAUUCACUGAACAGUGCUUCGUUUUCUAUGUUCCUCUAA